GCUUCUCCAGGCUCCGGCGCGACAGACGACGUCCAAACCGUCAUGAACGAUCUCGAAGUAGCCCGAAACCAUUUGGGGAAUGCGCGCGCUGAGUUUGCACGCGCACGGAAGAACUCGCAAGAAGCUUUGACCACUUACACAGCAUAUUUGGAAGCGGAGGAGAGGGCUCGUCUGCAGGUUCUGGCGGCGGAGCAGCGGCGGGACACCUUAGUAUCGAAACUCAUGAACAGCUAUCCGGGCGAUGCAGGCGAAGCUUUGCAGGCCACCAGAACGUCUCCCAGAAACCAGCUAUUGGCGAAUGCUGCAAUGCAGCAACGACCACAAUCCAGACCAAGCACAAGCGACUCCCGAGGAAGUGGGAUGAGCCCUCUACCACACAACGUCAUGAUACCCGACCAUACAAACAGUUGGCGGAAUAUGCGAGAUAUUACAUGGUCUCAAGUAGAUACUAUGGGCGCGCCAAUGGCGCAUGGCCAUAAUGUCACGAUGAUGGAUGAAAGUCUCGCUGCGACAUCGCGGGAGCAUGGCAUGCAGAUCGAUCCCAUGGGUGCCGAUCGGAAGCACCCCCGGAGCUGGGAACCGCUGGCAGGCCGGGAUGUUUUCGAACGUCAACAACUAUCGGGAGGUGCAAUGCAGUCGACGAGUUCGCUGGCGCCUUCAUUCCGCCAGACUGGCAUGCCGAUGGCCGUAUCAGACCCGCAACGCGUCGACCACAGUGUUUCAUUCAUGCCGAACCCCCAGCAAGGGCAUAUGGGCAACAUGUGAGACCACACGCUCCGGCGUACUCCG